GUCACGAGGAAUUGGUGACGUGAAUACUUGCGGAAGCACAGAGUGGAAUGUUGAUACAUUGUUGUUGUUUUGUAGUUAAUUUUGUACGGGGAUACAUUUCGGUUCGACUGCUGGACGCCUUUCAGAAUCGCGACAAGUAACUUCCACCCGUAUAGGACGGCAACUUCACAAACUUUACGCUUUGCAGACGGAGAAUAUCCGCGUUCAUAAGUGUUGACGUCUGUGGGAUUCUGGCCAGUUUAUGCAUGCAGGGUAUGACGACUCAGUUUAAAGCAAACAAGACUUUAAAGGUUAAGAAGGAGGUGGGUGAGAAUGCCCCGGCCCUCAGUGAUGAUGAGCUGGUGGUCAUGUCGGUGCGCGAGCUCAACACACACCUGCGCGGGCUGACCAAGGAGGACGUGGUGCGGCUGAAGCAGCGGCGGAGGACCCUGAAGAAUCGCGGCUACGCCGCCAGCUGCCGCAUCAAGCGGGUCACCCAGAAGGAGGAGCUGGAGAGGCAGAAGCAGGAUUUGCAGCAUGAGGUUGACAAGUUGGCCCGGGAGAACGCCAGCAUGAGGCUAGAGCUGGAUGCCCUACGCGCCAAGUAUGAGGCCCUGCAGUGCUUUGCCCGGACUGUCACAUGUGGGCCUCUCUCACCAGGCAAGGUGGCCACCACCAGCGUUAUCACCAUCAUCAAGUCUACUAACAACCACAACUCCAGCCCAACCUCCUUCUCAGCCCCCUCCUAGUGCUGACAGGACUGGGCUCUCGUCUCCCCGUCCCGCCUGGUCCUUACCGGUUCCGACCCGAUCCAGCCUGAAACCAAUGGCACCCGACCCAUGCUGAGAGGAAGCUCAGUAAUUCGACUGAGGGAAGGGGGUGGGGUGGCCACUAGCUCUGUGUGAUGAUAACAACAUGAUGCUGCAUUCAUUCUCUACUCUUUCUCUCACAUACUGUACAUAAUCUACAUUGUCUGUGCACUGUGCCACAACCUCCCCAGCACCGGCAGGGCAUUGGGCCUCUCUGACUGACGGCAGAGAUUAGCUCAUACUACAGUGUGAGUGGGUACUUGAUAUUGUACCCCGUGAUGGCAGCACUGGUCUGAGACCGCUCUGAUGCCUGUGGUAUCUUGCAUUUACAGAGUAUAAAGUAAUAUAUUAUUGUAAUAAUUACCGUAUUAAUACAUUAUGAAUAUUUAAAAUAACACAAAAACGCUCAUCUAAGCCUAAAAGCCUUCUUUCUUCUGUAUAUGAGAGUAUAUACUAAUGUCUCAAUGAAAAUUGAGGCAUUGAAGCUUUUGCCUUAAACUGAUCUAGGAAUGAUCUCUCAGUAAUAUUCUUUUUUUUGUCACACUCAUACAGUAUGUUCAAUAAUUUAAGCUUUUAUAUUUCCAAUUUCAAGGGCAGCUUGAAAACCGUAAAAAAAAAAAACAAUACCGUGGGGCAAAAAAGUAUUGUCAGCCACCAAUUGUGCAAGUUCUCCCACUUAAAAAGAUGAGGCCUGUAAUUUUCAUAAAAGGUACACUUCAACUAUGACAGACAAAAUGAGGAAAAAAAAUGCAGAAAAUGACAUUGUAGGAUUUUUAGUGAAUUUAUUUGCAAAUUAUGGUGGAAAAUAAGUAUUUGGUCACCUACAAACAAGCAAGAUUUCUGGAUUUCUGGCUCUCACAGACCUGUCUUUAAGACCUAUUUAAAAGGCUCCUCUGUCCUCCACUCGUUACCUGUAUUAAUGGCACCUGUUUGAACUUGUUAUCAGUAUAAAAGACACCUGUCCACAACCUCAAACAGUCACACUCCAAACUCCACUAUGGCCAAGACCAAAGAGCUGUCUAAGGACACCAGUAACAAAAUUGUAGACCUGUACCAGGCUGGGAAGACUGAAUCUGCAAUAGGUAAGCAGCUUGGUUUGAAGAAAUCAACUGUGGGAGCAAUUAUUAGGAAAUGGAAGACAUACAAGACCACUGAUAAUCUCCCUCGAUCUGGGGCUCCACGCAAGAUAUCACCCCGUGGGGUCAAAAUGAUCACAAGAACAGUGAGCAAAAAUCCCAGAACCACACGGGGGGACCUGGGACCAAAGUAACAAAGCCUACCAUCAGUAACACACUAUGCCGCCAGGGACUCAAAUCCUGCAGAGCCAGACGUGUCCCCCUGCUUAAGCCAGUACAUGUCCAGGCCCGUCUGAAGUUUGCUAGAGAGCAUUUGGAUGAUCCAGAAGAAGAUUGGGAGAAUGUCAUAUGGUCAAAUGAAACCAAAAUAGAACUUUUUGGUAAAAACACAACUCGUCGUGUUUGGAGGACAAAGAAUGCUGAGUUGCAUCCGAAGAACACCAUACCUACUGUGAAGCAUGGUGGUGGAAACAUCAUGUUUUGGGGCUGUUUUUCUGCAAAGGGACCAGGACGACUGAUCCGUGUAAAGGAAAGAAUGACUGGGGUCAUGUAUCGUGAGAUUUUGAGUGAAAACCUCCUUUCUUCAGCAAGGGCAUUGAAGAUUAAAUGUGUCUGGGUCUUUCAGCAUGACAAUGAUCCCAAACACACCGCCCGGGCAACGAAGGAGUGGCUUUGUAAGAAGCAUUUCAAGGUCCUGGAGUGGCCUAGCCAGUCUCCAGAUCUCAUCCCCAUAGAAAAUCUUUGGAGGGAGUUGAAAGUCCGUGUUGCCCAGCAACAGCCCCAAAACAUCACUGCUCUAGAGGAGAUCUGCAUGGAGGAAUGGGCCAAAAUACCAGCAACAGUGUGUGAAAACCUUGUGAAGACUUACAGAAAACGUUUGACCUCUGUCAUUGCAAACAAAGGGUAUAUAACAAAGUAUUGAGAGAAACUUUGUUAUUGACCAAAUACUUAUUUUCCACCAUCAUUUGCAAAUAAAUUCAUAAAAAAUCAUACAAUGUGAUUUUCUGGAUUUUUUUCCCUUAUUUUGUCUGUCAUAGUUGAAGUGUGCCUAUGAUGAAAAUUAAAGGCCUCGUCCUUUUUAAGUGGGAGAACUUGCACAAUUGGUGGCUGACUAAAUACUUUUUUGCCCCAAUGUAUAUAUUUGAUAACUGACCAAGUAUGUUUAGCUGGAUGAACCAAGCCCUUUUGACAUUGGAAAACUUUUAUCUGGUUUAGACUGUAGAUUCGACGUGCAGGUAUAUAGCAUAGCCUACAUUUUAGAAUGCAAACAUACUCAUGGGUUAUCCUCCUUACAGCUGAGGAACUAAAUCUACAGUACAAGUAAAAUACAAAUUAGGCUACAUCAGACAAAUUUACAGAUCAUUGAACGACACUUACUAUGAAACUGUUAGAUCACAAUGUAAAAGUACCAAAAAUCACUUGCUUUGCAAAUGUUACAAAUCAUAUAGCUGCAAAUUUACAUCUAUAAUCAUAGGACACCAUCAGCAUUUUUUGGGGAAAUACCGCAUUCCAUUCUGGUAUGACUUUAGCAAUGGGAGAUUGUAUGAUGCUGAUCAUAGUUUGUGGUCUAUCCCAGAAUUGCUAAAGUUGCAGCCAGUUUAUAACUAUUUUAUGUUAUUAAGACGAUCUUUUGCCUCUGAACUAUCCUCUCCAUGUUAUGCCGCAUUUUAUGCUAGGUAAUCCAUAUUGGAUGUAGUGAUAAUGGGAGCUGCCUUGACAAAUGAAAUACAAUUCAAUGAAUUCCUGUAUAUUACAGACUUAAGCUAGAGCCUUUUAGUUUCAAUGCAAGAGAAGGAAAAUUGAAGCUCUCAACUGCCUCCUCUCACUUUACAUUAAGAACUCCGUCCUCUUAGAAAUCAUUCCUACUGUUGGGUCGUCUGGAAGUGCUGCUGUCGGUGUUGGUAACUCAAACAGUAGACAUUGAACAAAUGCUUUUGACACAGACUCUUGGGUAAGAGGAAUCCUGGCAUAAAACUCAAGAGGAAAAAAAACUCUAGGAAUGGUGUCAUGACCACAUUCAAUGGCACAUUAGCUUCAAAUGUUACCCAUAAACAAGCACAGGUUGAGUAUACUUUUUGAAGGUUAUGAGUUUCAGUUCUAGAUAAUUAUCUAGAAUCUAUAGUUCUUGCAUUUCAGCCCUUAUUGAAGUUAGUCACGAGUGAAGUCUAGAGUUGGCUAUUGUCAAGGUUUUCUCUUACCCUAGUGGACAUGACUUUUCCUCCUCCCCUGUUUAUUAGCUGUAAAGAUCACUAAGGGGGACUUAGCUGCUGCAUGGCCCUCUGCUAUUUCAGGCAGGGCCAUUGCUGUGCUCUUAUCAUUCUCAUGUUGUAUUUUCAUUUGGUAUAUUUGUUACUACACCUUAAUUCCCGUGUUUUUAUAUGUGUGUAUUUUUCUAUAAUUGUUGCUUUAUUAUAGGGAUAUUAAAUACCUGGGAGUGGUGUGA